AUGCCGGCGCUCGCUGAUUUUCGCUUCUUCAUAUUCAUAAUCCCCAACAUGGAGAAUCAAAUUAGAAUGCCGUCGGCCUUCUCCAACCUUGUCUGGGAGAACAUGAGCAACCCCGUCGAGGUAAGCACCACAAAUGGUCAGUCGUGGAGCAUCUCGUGGGUUGUUGAGGAGGAGCAUCCGCAUCGAAUCGUCUUCACCGGAGGGUGGCGAGCCUUUUACGAACACUACCAUCUUCGAAUCGGUGCCACGCUGCUAUUAUCGUAUCACCAACCAAAGUUUUUCAAUGUGGCCAUCUACGGCACAAGUUUCUGCGAGAUCAACUAUGGAAGUCUUCCAGCAAUACCCACACAUGGCAACUAUACAGUCCAGUUCUUCGUGAUAAUCCCGGUGAACGACCCUGAUACACUGCGGUCAUACAAUAGAAAUCAACUACUUGGCCCAUGUCGGGCCGGGGACGGACUGCACUUGUAUAAGCUAUCUGAUGGCCCCCAGGUCAAUGCACAUAGCCGAUGGGUUCAGAUCGACCAAUCCGUUCUUAGUCAAGCCAAUCGUACACUGCCUGGCAUCCCGUUUUCUCGUAAAAUAUGUCCUCGCUUCCAGCCAAAUGUCCCCCCUCUGUCGAGAGUCUACGAGGAUAGCCCAAUUUCGAUUACCAACGAGAGGGGCGUGUGGACCGUUCAGUAUACGCACUAUGUCGGAAGGACGAACGGAUGUUUUGGAGUAGGCUGGUCUGCCUUAGCAACUGCAUGCCAACUAAGACACGGCCAUGUGUGUGUCGUCGAGCGGCUGGCGCCGCAAGACUACCGGCUGCAUAUAUAUUGA